GAUGGCGGGAGGGGGAGGGGGACCGGGGCGGGGUGACGCGGCGCAGCAUCAUCAUCAUCAUCAUCACCAUCUCCUUCGUCUUCUUCUCGGCGACACCGACCUCCUGCUCGUCUACAGGUCCGCGCCAUGGACGGCCGAGCCCGGCCCGUAAACUUGGAACCACACGGCGCUGGCGGUUCUGAGUGAACUGCGGGUGGUGGUGAGGCGAGUGACGAUGAGGGUGAUGAAGAUGCUGGGCUAACAGAGGAGACAAAGAGAGAGAGAGAGAGAGAGAGAGAGAGAGAGAGAGAGAGAGAGGGGCGCCAUUGUCUGCAGAGGUUCUGGUGAACAUCUCGAUCAUGUUCGUGUCUCGCCUGCUGCUGCUCGCGGCCCAGCUGCUCGGUUCGGCCCAGGUGAUUCCCGCCUUCCAGGUGAGUCUGAGUGACAAAGGUGUGAUCGCGGCAACUCUGGAGAGUUCGGACCUUCAGGAGAACGUGUCGGCGUACGCGGUGCAGGUCUCUGGAGAGCCUCGGCCCAACAUGCUGCAGUUUGCGGGCCCGGGCGAGCCUCUGCUGUUCAACACCUCCUUUCACGGCCUGUGCUACAGCGUGGCUCUGCUGCUCAGGCGGGGAGCGCUGUGGUCCCGCCCUGUCACGAGCGUGUCCGUCCUGACCAAGCCGCUCCCGGUGAGCAGCGUGGCGAUCUCGGACUACAGGGAAUCCCCAGAGACGGGCGUGGUGUUUGACAUGGACACUCCAGUGGGGAACAUCUUCAGCAGAGUCAACAUCAGCUACAGUGAAGGAAGUGAGAGGCGCUCCAUGCUCUACAAAGAUUUCUACAAGGGGAAGACGGUGUUCAAGCACUGGUUGCCCGGCGUGUGUUACCGCAACAUCACCUUCCAGCUGAUCUCGGAGGCCAGCGCCUAUCAGAUGGUGAUGAGGGCGCAGAGCGACAUCACGCACACGCCUCUGCGCCACAGGACGGUGCCAUAUCCUCCCCUCAACAUGUCGUGGAAGGUCGUAGACUUGAGGCAGCAGGUGGCGGCGGGCGAGGCACCGGGCGUGACGCAGCGAGCCGCCCGGCAGUCCCGGGAUGUCUCACUGAUGGAGGAGGACGAGGGCAAGGAGAAGCCCUCUGAGGAGCAGCUGCUUGCCCCCACUGAGGAGCCUUCACACAACUUGAGCAGCACCACCGCCACUGACCCGAGCACCAGUGAGACCGUUCAGAACUACUGGCUGGACCCCACCCAGCCCCCGGCUGACAGGGAGGAUGAGUUUGUCAACGCUGAAGUGCACGAGUACGAGGACUCCAACGAUGCGGGAUCAGCGAUGGGUCUCCCUGCUGAGCCUUGGGUCCUGCCCACUAAACUUCCCCCCAUCCUGCUAGAGGUGCGCUGGCUACCCCCCCGAGCGCCCACCAGCUACGACGGCUUCAAAAUCUACGUCCGCAGAGACGGCAACUCCACACAAACGGCCACCGUGGACGAAAGCACUCACGACUUCUUCACCGAGCUCACCGAGUCGGGAACGUACGGCGUCAGAGUGGCCUCGCUGAGCACGUCGGGAGACUGUGAGGCCAGAGAGAGCGCCGCCGACGCCGGCUUCACCUUUUACCUCAGCCCUGACGGGGAACUUCUGGGGGAGCUGCGUCAGCGUCCGUGGGCCGUGAACGUCCGCCUGUUGGACUCCAGCACCGCCGCGGUGUCCUGGGCGCUGUCCUCGGAGAGCCACAACGGCAGCGUGGUGUCCGUGGUGUCCACCACAUGCCUGAAGCCCAGCCUCAACCAGAGGAUGGAGACCACCUACUGCAGCGAGGAAAACUCCACCAGCGACAUUAUCACCAACCUGACGCCAGGGGCUCAGUACAGAGUGGUGGUCUACCACACCAACGGCCCUCUUUUCAGCCCUCCUUCCGAGCCCGUCAUCAUCGAUAUAGAGCCCACCGGCGUUCGAGAGCUCGCCAUGUACCCGCUGAGCCCCACGGCGGUCAUCCUGAGCUGGCAGCGUCCGUACCACGUGGCCUUCCGCAAGUACGUCCUCCAGACCUUCUUCUUUAACCCCGUCACCCUCACCUCAGAGUGGACCACCUAUUACGAGAUCGCCGCCACCGCCUCAGUCAUCGCCUCCGUGAGGGUGACGGAUCUGCUGCCGGCUUGGUAUUAUAACUUCCGUGUUACCAUGGUGACCUGGGGAGACCCGCCCCUCAGCUGCUGCGACGGCGCCACCAUCAGCUUUGUGACAGCCCCGGAAACGCCGCACAUCUCCUCGGUGGAUUACUCCCACGGCGUCUUGUACGUGCGCUGGACGUACGGCGAACUCUUUGUCGACCUGUCCCAUUCCCGCAUCACGCACUGGCAGGUGGUGGCGGUCGGCAAGAAGGGGCCGGAGAGGAGCUACUCUGUUGACGUGACACGUAACAUGAUGCGGGCCAGCCUCCCACUGCCGCCAGGAGACAUCUAUAACCUGACGGUGACCGCGUGCACGGAGCGCAGCAGGAACACUUCCUUCCCCAACAUCAUCAAACUGGAGCCGGCGCCCCCCAGGUCUGUGUACGCGGUCAACGCAACGCACUCAUCUGUGACUCUGCUGUGGAGCGAGGAUGGCGUGGUGGAUCACUACCAAGUGGUCUGCAGAGCCAACCAAGUGGGCAAACAAGUGAAGGCUGGAGAGCCUCAGGUGUCCAGCUCUCACGUGGUGAUGGUUUCUGGUUUGAUGCCUUCAUCCAGCUACAACUGCAGCAUCACCAGCUUCAGCUACAGCACCCCCAGCAAACCCACCCACAUCACCAUCACCACCAAGGCUAAGGAGAUGAACCCCAGCGUCGCCGCCAUCUCGGCUCUCGCUGUGCUCACCAUCCUGCUCAUCAGCCUGCUGGUUCUGUUUCUUCUGGUUCUGCGCAAGAAGCACCUGCAGAUGAGCAGAGAGUGCGGCGGGGAGGCCUUCGUCAACUUCGCCUCGUUCGACAGAGACAGGAAGCUCCCGUACAACUGGCGAAGAAGCCUCUUUGCCUUCCUUACCCUACUGCCGUCCUGCCUUUGGACUGACUAUCUUUUGGCUUUUUAUAUUAAUCCCUGGGGCAAGACCGCGUUAAAGAAACGGAAGCUAACAAGUCCCGUGCAGCUGGACGACUUUGACGCCUACUUCAAGGAAAUGAGCAAAGACUCGGCCUACAAGUUCUCUCUGCAGUUUGAGGAGCUGAAGAGUGUCGGACUGGAUCUUUCCCAUGACGCAGCCGACCUGCCCGUCAACAGACCCAAGAACCGCUACACCAACAUCCUCCCCUACGACUUCAGUCGCGUGAAGCUGAUGUCCAUGCACAACGAUGAAGGUGCAGACUACAUCAACGCCAACUACAUUCCUGGCUACAAACAUCCUAAAGAGUACAUCGCCACCCAGGGCCCGCUGCCCGAGACCCGCAACGACUUUUGGAAGAUGGUUCUUCAGGAGAAGUCCCCCAUCGUGGUCAUGCUGACGCAGUGCAAUGAGCGGCGGAGGGUGAAGUGCGACCACUACUGGCCGUUCACCGACGAGCCCGUCAUGUAUGGCGAGAUCAGCGUGGAGAUGCUCUCUGAAAGCGAAUCCCCGGAGUGGACCAUCAGGAAGUUCAGGCUGGGAUAUGCGGAUGAGACUCAGGACAUCCUUCACCUCAACUACACCUCGUGGCCGGAUCACGGCGUUCCCACAGUCAACGCCAUCGAGAGCAUCCUGCAGUUUGUCCACAUUGUGCGUCAGCAGGCCAACAGGACCAAGGACCCCAUCGUAGUCCACUGCAGCGCCGGCGUGGGCAGGACCGGCACCUUCAUCGCUCUGGACCGCCUCUUGCAGCACCUUCGAGAACACGAGUUUGUGGACAUCCUGGGGAUGGUGUCCGAGAUGCGCUCGCACCGCCUCUCCAUGGUGCAGACUGAGGAACAGUACGUCUUCAUCCAUCAGUGUGUCCUGCUCAUGUGGCAGAAGAAGCAGCAUGCCAUCACCUCCGACGUCAUCUACGAGAACGCCAGCAAGACAUAAUGGCGGCGCACGCUGUGAAUGUGCUUCCGCGCAUAAUCGGUGCCGAGAGACGAGGUCUGCCUUAAGGAGCCAUCACAGAUUGUCCAUCACCGCCUGCCCCCUUAACCAGCUCUGUCCAGUGAUUGGAUGUUUACACGGGAUUGUCCGAGCCGCUGGAGGACAGUCAGAUGCUUUUUUUUUUUUUUUUUUUUAACACUCAGGAGAAGCGGAAAAAAACAGUGAGCACGCCAACCUGCUUGCCAACUUCCCGCACACAUGGGAACGCUAUGUGCACAAGCCCCGCCCACUCAACGGAGCCCACAAAGAGUAUGACAAACAUUGAUUACUAAUGUUGCUAAUGGUACUUCGUGGUCCUAGCUCGGAUGUUUGCUGGUCAUGCUGCACUCUGGUCAAAGGGAACAAACCCCAGCAUGCCACCCUGUUGGUCCUGAAGGAUGAAAACAAGCUUAUCUUUGACAUAAAUUAAUGAACCUUGACUGCUUACUUCAACAAAAUACAAAACAUUUAAUGCAUCAAUAAUUGGCUUCCUUGUCAUUCAGGAGCAGCAUCAUAUGAAUUGUGAUUUGCGCCCCCUGGUGGCUGUCACGUAGAAUUAAAUACUGUAUAUAUUUUUCCUCAACAUGAGGAUUUUUUUUUUUUUUUUUUUAAA